CUGUUUUCGUUAGUUGUAUCAGUCGGAACAGACCUAGCACCACCAGUGCCAGACCCGUUUGGCAGUUCCACCAGUACUGUUACAAAUGAGCAUACCGCGACUGCUGGUACCGGUGUCGUCUCCUCCUCUGGGCCGUCUGGGGCGCAGUCUACUCUCUCCUCAACAGUUCACCACUCUCUAGCAGACAUCAAAUCGGGUGCUCGGGAGGUGGUUGGUAAGUUGAUCUCCGAGGCGCUGGCUGUUACCACACCGAAGCCGGUCGCGACACCUGCAUCCUCUGUGAUCCCCGCGGUUUCCUACUCUUCCUCGGAUGAGGAGAGUGAGGAGUUCUACGACACCCACGAAAACCCCCACACCAUGUCACCCGUGGCGUCAAUGCGUAGCAGGGAGGAGUUUUCUACGGCUUCCGUUUGCUCCAGCAGUCUGUAA